UCCUGGAGUGUGCGUUUUACUGUGAAAUAUUUCAAUUAACAUACCAAGCAGCGUCUUUUAAAAUAUAAACUACUUUCUAAUUAUUGUUUGUUUGUUUGUUUUUAAUUAGACACGGUGAAGCACCAGACUCACUUUACAUUUUUUGGAAAUUCCAGUUUUGGAGGGGGUGAGGGUCUCUGGGAUUUUGAAAGCUUGGGGAUUUCCACGUCAAGCUAUGACAUAAUUGAAGAGAAACUAAAGGGGUAGGCAGUUAGCUUGCUGUAUAUCGUAUCAUUUCCUGUAAACUGGGUUUACACCGAAGGCUUACCGAGAGGCUGCAAGAUAAAGGUCCUGAGUUGGAUUUUUUUUUUUACUUUUUCUAAGGCUUGAUUUGUAUUGUGGUUUUAAAAAUAACUUCAUUUUGUGACUGGAAACUAAGAAACAAAAACAAAUGGAAGUUAGACCACUGCACAUUCUCUCUGUUUCAUUAUUACUUGUCUCCAUAACAACGAGCGGAGCUGCUUUUGCUGUCUGUGAUGUGAAUAUUGACCCCUCUAGAGUCGUCGUGAGAUUUGGAGACCCAGUGACUGUCAACUGCUCCACAACACGUGAAGAUGUAUUGGGGGCUGGCUGGGAGGCUUCUGUUUCCCCUGUGAAUGAACAAAAGAGUAAAAUAGCAGUUUGGAAUGUCAGCAGCCUCACUGUUUGGGAUGCAGAGCCAAAAUGCUUUAUAAACUACAACAAUGAACCCCGUCAGUGUGCAGAAAAACUGGAUUUGGUUAUUUACAAGUAUCCAGAAAGCGUCUCCCUAAUCGCUCCUGAGUUUAUGAAGAUUGGUGUAGAAUCUAAUAUAACAUGCCAGGUCCUAGAUGUGGCUCCUGCCAGAUAUGUCAGUGUGAAGCUGUAUAAGGGAGAUGAACAGCUUGGGAAUAGAAGCUUUACUCAUAACUCAACACGGUUUCCUGUGAAUGAAAGCAUCCCCUUCCCAGUAACACCAACCAGAGCAGACAAUGGAGCGGAGUACACUUGUGUGGCAGAGCUUCAAUUGGGACCAGGAGAACCAAUAAAAAAUUCAUCUCUCCCGUUCAGAAUGCUUCCAAUUGAUUUUGAAGAACAACCAAUCCUUACUGUAUCAGAAAAUGUAGAAGUCAACCAGCCAUCUACAGUGAGAUGCGAACUUAAAAAUGCCUUCCCACCUGAAGAAGUCCAAGUAGAGCUGCUGAUAAAUAAUGAAAUUCACACAAACCGCUCCAACAUGGAUAACGUGUAUGUUGAAAAAAGUUUUACUCUGGAUUCUGUUGAACCUGCAGCGAUUACAUGUAAUGUGUCCCUCAGAUCUUUGUCAAAAAGCGCAAGUAGAAAUGUUCAAGGCUACGUGCUACCAGAGCCCACCCUUCACACUGAGGCUGUACUGGUAAAUCAUACAGGGAUUGUUACAUGCAGUGUGGAUGGCUCAUUCCCAGCAACUGCAACCCAAAGGCUGCUCCUCAACGGUUUAAUUGUCAAUAAAACUCACAAUAGUACACCCGCUCAGUACGAGUUUAAAGCGGAGAAAGAACUCAACGGCAAAAUGAUUACUUGUGAGACUGAGCUGAAGUUAGCUGCUACACCUGUUAAGAAAAAUCAAAGUACCACCUUCAAUAUUUUGUAUCCUCCCACGAUAAAAACACAUUUUCCCGCCAGUAAAGAUCUGAAAGAAGGCGAAACACUCAGCAGCCACUUUGACUGUGAAGCUGAGGGAAAUCCUCCCCCUAAAACUGUGUGGUUAAAGGAUAGCAAAGAGUUUGAUUCAUCCAAAAUACUGACGAGAACAGAUGGAGGAGUCUACCAGCUUAAAACUAUGAACAACUACGGAUCCGCAGUUGCCACUGUGACAGUUACUGUGGGGUAUGAGCCCAGUGCAAUAAACCCUGCAGAAGAAAGUGUGCCUGUUCUGAAAGGGGACAGCGUAGUUUUUAACUGCACUGCUGAUGGUAUCCCAGCCCCUACAUACACGUGGAAACACCCUGAAGCUGAUAAUGUGAAGAUCACAACGAAGGACAGUGUGUCUACUGUGACUAUCACAGGAGCCUCAUCUAGCAAUCGUGGUGUUUAUGAAUGCCAUGCUAGGAACAUACAUGGGAAUUUCACAAGGAAAGUUACAGUUGAAGUUACAGAUUACCUCAUUCCAAUAAUAGCUGGAGUUGUAGUACUAAUUGUUCUUGUUAUUCCAAUAUUAAUAAUGGUCCUGUACUAUGUAUACUACAAACAGCAUAAAACAGGAGAGUACAACCUCAAAGGAAAACCUUCAAGUGCAAAUGGCAGCGUGGCACAUAAUGGAAAGGCAGCUGAUGAAAUACCCUUAACACAAGUAUGAACCCACCGAAAAGGACGUUUGUUAUCCACCUGCCUACCGUUCUCCCGAACCCUCAGAAAUCCAGCCAAGCACAGUAUAUAAUUAAAGAAUUAACUGCAGGUUUUUACCUACAUAAGACUUCCAAACAUUCUUGUCUUUUGACUUUAUGAAGGAGCCGCAUUGCUGUCAAUGAUCCCCAGACCUCUUGCAGUGCUAUGCCAAGGCCAUGCUGUGGGAUGAUGUUGCUCUGCUACAUUGAAAGACAGAAGGCAUAUGGAGCUUGUCUUUGUUUCUUCAUGAAGACAGGAGCCUGUCCUCUUGUUUGCACGCUCAGAGGGAUUUAUUUAUCUUGCAGAGCGACAGGUUUGAACCCAAGCAUAAAAACAACGCCCUGGAGAAGAGCCCUUGUAUUUAUACUCACUUGUGCACCUGUGCAGUACCAGCAUUGGAAAGAACUCAAUAGAAUUUCAGAGCAGGCUCCUCUUUGUGAUGUCAUCAACAGUUUCUUAAAAUACACUGCACAGAAAUACAGCUUUAAGCUAACACUCUUCACUAAAUUGAUAUAUUGUAGGUAUUUACUUUUUAAAAUGCCUUUUUUUGGUUUGGAAAUGUAACUGUAUACAAAAAUGACUGAAUAUGUCUACUGUACUAAAACAAAUUGAAAAUAGCUUAGCACAAGGCGCAUAUCAGAUAUCAGUUCAAAUGUAAAGUUUAUAUAAAAACACAACUUUUUCUUAAAUGAGUAAAAACCAAAACUUUAGGUGAAGCCCAUUCAUCCUGCCACCAAACUGCAGAUUCACUCCCAGUGCAAAGUCUCGAAAAAAUCUUCAGAAAAACGAUAAGUGAAGUUUGCAAGGAAGCUGUUACGCUAAAGUUAUUUUGCCCCUUUUAAGUUUAAUCCAAGUUUCUUGUCAUGGGUGCUUUAGAAUCUUCCAAUAACAACCCACAUUGUAUAAAAUAUUAUAUUUAUAACACAGUUUAUUUUUAAUAAGAUGGUUCUGAUUGUGAUUAGAAUCAUAAAACAGUGCCUUGAGGAAUGUAAUCAGUAGCUAGUGUUUAUACCACUGUAACAAAAAUGUUUGUUGGUUUUAUUUUAUUUCAUGUUAAAGAUAUACUUAAAAUGCACAGAAUUUUUUUUGUAUUUCCACAAAUUAUUGUAAUCAAAAUCUACAGCCUACUAGAAGUCAACAUGCUGUGUGUUGACUUUAAUCACCUGUUGAGACUAACAUGGUGGAAAGAAAGCUGGUUGCUGCUGUGCAGCUGUAAAUUGCUGUAAAACAGGGUCUUGGCAGCAAAAAGGACAGAAUGGUGAAUAACAGUAUAUUAUUUUCAAGCAAGUCUUUAAGCUCCAAAGUAAUAACACUGAAAGAUUGCAAUGGCAAGGCACUUCAAUAAAUUGUCAUUUUUAUAUAAUGUGUUGAAAAAUGUAAAUAGUCUGUUUUUUUUUUUUUCACAAACAGUAGGUUAGCUUUGAGAAACACCACAGUAUCAAGAAUUUAAAAACAGUCAAAUCACGGUGCUAUUGCAGUCUUCUAGAGAUAUGCAGAUUUUUUCACAAGAAUUCUAAAACCUGGAAAAUGCGGAGGAUUUGAAAUAUUGCAUAGCACCAACCCUGCACCAUGACUAGCCAUUGCUAUUAGUCCUCUGUA